UGGGGGUAGUUUGGUUCUUGCCAAGCUUUGUCUAUCCUCCUUAAACUCCCUCUUUUUUUUUUACCUUUAUUAUAAAAUAAAAAAAUAAAAAGUUUUUUUAUAGUUAGUGGACUGGCAAACAAAAGAGCCGCGACUACUUCAGAAAAUGCGAAGUAAUAAUGCCAACAAAUUAACAAAUACAAAGAAGAAUACUACCGUUUCGCAUCAUACUCACCAAUAGCACUUGCAAAUGCACAGCAAAUAGCGAUAUAUGAAGAGACGAGAAUUCACGCUACAUAUAUAAAUACUGUCAAAUUACGCUUUGUUAAUCGUUUGAGAAUGUUCCUGAAUUUAAUUUUGAAAGAAGAAGGAUAAAAAAUGGCUGCUGUAAGAGAUCAGAUGAAGGCUCAAAAUUUUCCAGAGCAAGAUAUACGUGAUGGCAUUAAAAUUAACGUGAUUGAUAUUUACACAAAAAUCAAAAUAAAUACCGUUCCUAAAACUAUACCAGAAGAAUCAUCUGCAGGAUUUCUUGAGGAAAUCAGUAUAGCACGUAUACUAGCAAUACUCAGUUGCUACUCUCAAGACUAUGCAUUUAAGAAGGAUUCAAUACAUUAUGACGUCAAGGUAAACCCGAGCAAACAUUUGCGGGCAUUUUAUACGAUAGCAAAAAUUUGUGAAGAAGCCAACUUCAAGUCAUUUAAUUGCUUUCCACUACAAAAGGGUUUAUACCUGCGUAUAUUACCAUGUGCUGAAAAAUAAAAACUUCAAAGAAAGUAAGCUUAAUCUCUGGAGCCAAGUAGUAGAUUUAAAAAGUAAAGCACUCAAGCCUCAAGGAAAACAAAAUGAUAUUCAGUUCAAAGGAAUGAUCGAAACAGAUUACGUUAGUCUUUCUGUGUUAAAGCAGAAUUUGAAAGUUCUAUGAAGCUUCUAAAGGAUAUGACGAUUUUAAUCAUGCAGAAAAACAAAGCAGGUAAGAGCUGAUGAAGGAUGUUGGUAAUUGUGUUCCGAUAGGCUCUGUAUGAUAUUUGUAUUUAUGUAAUUGUAAAACAGUGAAGAGUCAACAGCUGAAAAUUACUAUUUUAUUACAAGUCUGAGAGUACAACCUGAAUAUACAUACGAGGAGUGACGACUGUAAAUGUCUGACGUUGUCUAUUAGCUGAGAAUGAAUAAACAGAGAAUUAAGAGAUAUGUGAUCUAUGUAAAUACGAUAUCACCCCCUUCCAGUUGAUAUCAACGUUGGAGAGA